AUGGUUCAGAUGUACACGAUUGCUGGCAGGCAAAUUGGAUCGCAUGUUCUAGCAAUGUGUACCCUCAGCACAAUAUUUGGUGUGACUUAUUUAAGCACCAGAGGAUCCAAGCCAAAAGUUACCCAGAGUCCACCUAUCAACGCAAGCAGUUCAGAUGAGGAAGCCUUUAUAAAGAACUUUCUAAAGAAUACCAGCGCGGAAGAAAAAGGCGAGAAAAAGGCUGCUUAG